AUGUGCAAGAUGAUACUACCCAACACGGGCAGCUGGACGCUUUGCGGCGCCGUCCUCCUGUUCGUCCUGCCGCUGAUCCCCACGCCGGAGGCACUGCAGCACACGGAGGAGGGUCUCGAGAUGCUGUUCCGCGAGCGUUCCCAAUCGGACUGGGAGAACGUGUGGCACCAGGAGGCGCACUCCCGCUGCCGGGACAAGCUCGUCCGUCAGCUUUACUGGGCCUGCGAGAAGGACAUUUACCGACUGACGCGGCGCAACAAAAAGAGGACGGGCAACGACGAGGCCUGGAUCAAAAAGAGCUCCACGGACCCUGAUGGCUCCACCUGGCUGCACGUGAACUAUGCCAAUAUGUUCCUGAGAAGUCGCCGAGCGGAUGGUCAUGCCCCAUCGAUCUCGAAUGAGUGCUGCACAAAGGCGGGCUGCACUUGGGAGGAGUACGCCGAGUACUGUCCUUCGAACAAACGACGCAAUCACUAUUGAUUCGCCAGCAACGUGG